AUGAAAGAUGCACUUGAACCAUUUGUUCCUCGUAAUACAAUUGCUUUGAUUAAUACAUGUGAACAAGUAGCUAAUCUUCUUCGAUUGGAAAAAUACAUUGAUCUUGUUAUUCCACAUGCUUCAAAUGAACUUGUUUGUUCUAUACAAAAACAAAGUGUACAAAUAGUUGUCUUAGGUUAUGCUGAAGGUAUUUGUCAUGUAUUUAUUGAUAAAGAUGCAAAUUUAGAUAUGACUUUACUACGAGAUUCAAUAUGUGAUUAUUCAAGUGGAUUUUAUUCAGGUUCAUGUCUUUCGGUAUUACUUGCAUUUCCACCACCACCACUAGCAAAUACAUUACAUAUGAAAUAUGAAGAUUUAUUAUGUUGUAUUGAAAUCAUAGAUGAUAUUAAUGAUCCAAUAGGACAUAUGAAUAAAUUCUGUUCAAAUCAUACAGAUUCGAUUGUAACUAAAAAUUGUAAUUAUUUAAUUAUAUAG